AUGCCAGCAGAAAGAGCAGGCUACACAGUCACCAUGUUUCUCGUCGACACUUCGCCGUCGAUGGGAACUUUACGAACUAUCGACCUUCCUCCAGGCCCAGACGGCGAGUGUCGAACGGCUAAUCUCACCAAUCUUGAGUGGGCCUUGCAGUUCAUUAAAUUGAAAAUACAAGAAAUGAUCUUUAACGGCCGUAAAACGGAUCAGUGUGGCGUUAUCGUUUUUGGCUCUGAAGAAACUAAUAACAUAGUCAACGAGAAGAACGGAGGCUACGAAAACGUCAUAGAAUACAUCCCUAUCGGCCAACCGAACGCAGGCACACUCGCCAAGAUCGAUGCUCUCCAACCUUCCAGCGUUUCUGGAGAUCCAAUCGACGCACUCAUUGUCGGGAUUGAAACACAAGCAAACUACCUGUCUUCUAAAAAAACGUGGACUCGAAAGGUAAUCAUGGUUACAGAUGGAGAAAGUCCGAUCGAAGUUGAGGACUGGGAAGCCACAGUUGCAAAGAUGGAUGGGUUAGACGUUAGCUUGACGAUUGUCGGAGUUGAUUUUGAUGACGAGGAACUUCCUUACACAGAACCUAAUAAAACUAUCAUUAAGGUAUGGGCUACGGAUACAUUUCAACAAACGAGAACCAAAGUUCAAUCACUGCAUAGCGUGCAAAUGAAGAAUUUUACAGCACCUUGA